AUCUCCAUGUAAAUUUGAGUACAAUAACAAUCGCGAUUUCUGUUCAGACCGCCGCUAAAAAUUUAUAUUUUCAUGGCACAUAUUUCCAUCGAAACUUCGUCUCUUCAAGAACUAGUUGAACAAAAAGAAAAUGAAUGGAGAGAAGCACAGCAACUGCAAAAUAAAUCACUGCAGAAUUCUCUUAAGGAGAAAGAAAGACAGCUUAACAACGAAAGAGUGCGAUUUAGAAAGUUGAAAGAGGAUUUUGAAUACAACCUGAAACUGUUAGAGGAGAGAGACCAGGAACUACAAAGAUACGAUGCGUUGUUUUCGCAAGUUAGAAACAUCAAUAGUUUAAGAGAUGGUGAGGUCAGUGAUCUGAAAAUCCAGUUGGAUGACCUCAAACUCAAGUUAUCUCACGAGGAGAAGGCCAAAGAAGAACUGCAAAGGCACUACCAACAGCGUUUGAGGGAACAUCAACAAGAACUGAACCAGUUCAGGCUUAACAAAGAAAAUGAAGUAAACAAAGAAAGAGAGGAAUUUGAGUCAUUCAAAAGAGAGCUGCAAGCACAGCUGAGGGCAGCUGAGGAGGAUGUAGAAGCUCAGAGACAAGAGUUAAUGUCAGGAUUUGAUGAUGCACAACGCAAAAGAGAACACGAGUUCAGAAAGAAAGCAGAUGACCUGAGUAAUUCUUUACUUACUCAUGAGUUAAAGGUUAAAAUGCUCACAAAGGAACUAGAGUUACUCAGAGCCAGUGGAGAAAGAACAAAAGAUGAACUGGAAGACACAGAGACAGUUGUCCACAAUUUAGAAAAGGAGCUGAAGAAGAAGGAAUGGCAGUUAACAGAUGAACAGAACAUGAACAAAGCUAAGGUGGCUGAAAUGGAAGCAGAAAUGGAACAGUUAAGAUUGACAAUGAACAAGAUGCAAGAGAAAUUUCAACACAAGCAUGCAGAGUUGGAUCGAUAUGCUAAGGAGAAGGAACAAGCACUUAUUGCAGCUAAAGAGGCCCAUGGUGAGCUUGAAAGAAGUCUAGAGGAGAAGAUCAGAGUACUGCAGAAUCAGCUAGAGACUGAGCAAGUGGAAUGCCGCAGACUUCAAUGGGCCAUCAAGGAUGCUGGGAAAGAAAAAGAGUUGGAAUUUCAAAGACUAGUGGGGACCAUAGCCGAUCUAGAGCACAAACUGGAAAAACAAUCAGCUGAUCACGCCAGAUCUACAGUGGCUCGUGACUUGGAACUAGAAGCGUUACGUCAUCAGGAAGAGAAGAUGAGGUUGGAAAUUGUACAGCUCAAGGAAAACACUGAAAGAUAUAAGAAAGAACUCACCGUUGCUUUGGAGCGAGAGUCUUCCAUGGAGCGAUCCAGAGCUCAGCUUGAAGUUGAUUGGCAGCGGCGAUGCGAGGACACUGAAAGAGAGAUGUACAAUAAACAGGAGCAGCUUAUUGCUGCUCUCACAAAGCAGAGAGACGAGGCUACGGCGCUUGCUCAAGAACGGGAGCGAGAAUUGGCACAAAGAGAUGAACUUAUCCGUGUCUUGACCCAAACUAGAGAUCAGGCCUUCGCAACUCUUCAAAGGCAUGGUCUCGCCAUUCCAACACAACUGCCAAAUAAGGAAGAGCAACUCGAGGAUUCUUCGCGUGAUGUUGGAAAACCUCGUGACUUCCCCCCUGAGGAGAAAAUCAAAGAGCUGGAAGCACAGAACAGCAAUUUGAGAUCUGUGAUUAAACAAAUGCGGCAGGACAUGGAGAACCUUGGCAAUGAAUUUGCUUCAAGGCCCUCAUCGACGAUGGGGCAACGAAGAGAUAGUGAAAAGGGGUCCCCUGUGCCACUGACUAAAGAGUAUGUGGAGUCACUUGAAAAGGAGAUCACAGAAUUGAAGUCAAAGAACCGAACACUGAAACAGCAAGUUGAGGAGAAACCACAGUCCGCCCAACCUCGUAGUCGUGCACAAAUAGCGGUAUCUGGUGUUCAGCCACAAGAUCCGUUCAUACAAGCCCAUAUUAGGGAACUCAAUGGAACAAUUGGUGCUUUACGCCAGGAAAAACUGGAGCUGUCAACACAAGUGAAGAAACUUCAAGGCACUGUGGAUCAUCUGCAGGGAUCUCUGACUCAAAUGCACGAGGAGGUUCGCCAGAAACAGUUAGCAAUGGAUCAGCUACAGUACGAACUUACGACACAGAGCAGGCGAGCGACUGAUGAGCUGACUGCUCUGAAACAGCGCGCAAAUGAGCUGGAGCUGCAACUGACCCAGACAAGAAGAGAGGCGGAUGAGUACUUCAGGAGUGGGCUGGAACGGAAUGCUGAGGCAACGUCCUUAGGAAAUCAGCUGUCAAGUCUUAAAGUCGAACUUGCAUCUCAAGGGAGAGGAGCUGUGUCAUUCAAUCCUCAGGCAGAAAUCAUUAAACAACUUCAAGAUGAGAUUCAUCGAUUGAGGAAACAACCCACAACAGGUGCUCAAACAAGCGACAAAGAUUUCCUUGAUCCAGUUUCUCUUAUUCGACCGUCAAUAUCUCAAAUGGCGCGGCUACAAAACAAAUUACAUGAGGCGGCGCGGCGCAUCAGCCGAAUGUCUCAAGAAAAAGAACAGCUUAUUCAGAUGGGAAACAGGCUCAGAGCGGAGCUUGCAAAAUAUACAGAUGGUCGAAAGAGCGCUCCCCUUGGCCGUAUAAUCAGCCAGCCCCCUCAGCCCUUAGUCACUGAAGCCUCUUCAGGAAAGACCCCUAUCGGAAGGACCCCAGGUGAGAUGAAGGACCAUUUACAGAGCCAAUUAGGUGCUGUGGAAAACCUUCAAUACCAGCUCACUUCUCAGGAGCUCCAGUUUGCACAGCGUAUGGCUCUAAAAGAACAGCAAGCAGCUGAGCAUGUCAAAAUCACUGUAGCCUCAAGUUCAAGUGAUUCUAAUGAUGAUGGAAAAGUACCAGUGCUAUUGGAAUCACAACAUGUAGUAUCUCGUGAGACAAAUAAGAAAGACAGUGCUCCAGUGGAUAGUAAUGUGACUCAUCCACCAGCCAAUCAGUGGACGUCUUCGCCAGUUUACGAUCAACCGCUGUUUACGUCAUCUUCGGAAGGCCAAGCGUCGUUGCAAGAAAUUUGGAAGAUGUUGGACGAAGAAGAAAGUUUCCGUAGUCCAACUCCCAGGAGAGUUCGCCCCAGCUCUCCUGAGCGUCUUAAAGCCACAAGGGACCAGGACCCUGAUCAUAUUCCAGAGCGGGACUCUCCCGAGCGUGAUUCGUUCGCCCUAAAAGGAAGGCGAACGGAAGUUCAAAGUAGACCUUCAAUGCAGCGACCAGAAUUGUCCAAAAAGGCUGCUGGCAAAGGUAGGCUGGCUCAAAAGAAAAUUAAAGUGAGGAAUUAUAACAUUAGAGACGAUGGCUGAGAAGAACUAGUUUCCUGAAUCAAAGACGAAUGCAAGAGUCCCUCAUGAUGGCGAACAAGAUCGUUGUCCUUAGAGUGGUAGAUGUUGCAGAAUCUAUUUAUGUAAGCUGACUGCAAGUCGCACUCGAUCAGAGGAGAAAUUCGUCGCUCUAAGAACAUGGAAUUUAAUGAUCGUUAAGCUUCAGAACACCGGUUUGAACCUUAGAGACAAAAACCGCCUUGAAACAUCAAUUUCUGACAGUGCCGAGUAUUACAAUGUGCUAGUCAAAAUGCAUCCCUACACUCUUUAUCCUCAUGGUAAAAUGAGACAUUAACGUUUGAUAUACGUGAACUGGCCUUGAGAAAUCAUCGUAGUAUUGAAUACUUGUAUGUUCAGACGUUCCGUCCAUAGCUAAGGCUCAUUUUUUUCUGUUGAAGUGAAUAUGAUUGUUUCCCUUUCUUCAUGAAUUGGGAUGGUUAACAGAAGUAGAUUUGGUGUUUUCUCUUCUCUUUUUGCACGUUACAAUAACUCGGUAACUAUUGACUCAAUGUAAAAACUUAUUUUUUUCUUGCUAAGUAUCAUCUAGCACUACAUCGUUUUUUUAUAAAGCGUAU